AGAUAUUAUUUAGUCGUUGCCACGGUAUAACCACGUUACACGCAUUUCGUGAUAAAGAUUUCGCUAUAUAACCCAAAGGCAGGGUUGAAGGCGCUUUGCUCCUUCCCAAAGGAGCAGAAACAAAAAAAAAAAAAUUCCGUAAUAAAGAUAUUAUAUGUAAUAUAUAUAUUGUAUUUUGUUUGAGAAGAUACCAUGCCGACGUGUUGUAUAAAAAACUGCAAGAAUCGUACGGAUCAUAACGCAACGAAAAGCAUUAAGUAUUUCAGCUUUCCGAAAGAAACAGCUGUUCGUCAGCAAUGGCUUAAUGCCUGUCAGAGAAAAGAAAGUGAUAUGAAAGUUGAUUCGGCAAGGAUAUGCAGUAUCCAUUUUGAGAAAAAUUGUUUUUCACUUGAGAAGACAAACCCACGUUUAAUAAAUCAACCAGCCAAAGAAGUUCUAAGGUUAAAAAAGGGAUGUAUUCCAACCAAAUUCUUAAUUCUGGAUAAGAAACGAAAAGGUACAAUGUUGCAGAGCAAGGAAAAUAACAAAAAAAUAAAAGUACCAGUAAAGUCAUUUGUACCUACAUAUAUAGAACUUGUACAAUAUGCACAACAAAAACAGCAUUUAUCGCAAGAAGAAACUGUAACAAAUGUAGAAACAGACGUUGCACAAAAUAUGGAAGAAGCUGUAAAGGAUAUGCAAGAGAAUACUCUACAAGUUAUUGAAAAAGUUACAAAAAAUACAGAUGAAGCAGCUGUACAAAAUAUGGAAGAUCAAAAUGAAGCAGUACAACAAAAGAUAGUGCAAGAGAUUGGCAAUAAUUCAAAUGUUUAUGUCGAAACGUUGUUGAUGCAAUUAAGAAAAUUAGAAGAACAGAACCAAAAACUUUUAGAUACAAAUAAAAAUCUUGAAGAAAAGACUCAAGAUUUAAGUAUACAAGUUGCACAGUUGCAAGCAGAAGUUAAGACAAUGGCAAAGAAUAGACAUAAGGAAGCAGACACAAUAGCCAUCGAUGCUCUGCGUAAGGUAUUUACACCUGGCCAGAUUAAAAUGUUAAUGUCAUCGGCAAAGAAUCAUGUAAAAUGGUCAUCUGAAGAUAUUAUGUCAGCCAUUUCGUUACGAUCAUUAAGCCCAAAAGCUUAUAGGUAUUUAAGAAACGUAAAAAAAUUUCCAUUACCGUGUGCAACAACACUGCGAAACUGGGUUGAUCACGGGAUCGAUUAUGUAUCUUUUCCUCUAGGACAGAAACCUGAAAAGUGAAAAGUUUAUCUCUUUCUAUUCAACACCAAUAGAAAGAGAUAGUUACAUGAAACUUUUCACUUUAGGAAUCAGUAAUAAUAGACAUAAAACCCUUUACAGUUAUACAAUUUAUAUGUAUGUAUAUAUAUAUAGUAUAUAU